AUGACAAUAUUGUUCAAAAAAAAAAAUUAGGCCUAACUAAUAAUCAUUUUUUUUUCAUCAUUCAUUUUUUUUUUUUCAAUAAAAACGAAGCAUGCAAAGCAGGAAGAGAAAAAGGUCAGCCCGACGGACGGCACAGAGCUUGGGGUAUGGAUCUCACCGAUGGCAGGACCGAGGGCUUCAAGAUCAACAACACCAGCGGGAGGGGUCAAGGAUCAGCAGAGGGGCUUGGAGACAGAAUUUUGGAGGUUAUGACUUGAAUCUUUUGAAACAAGCCGCGCCGUUCUACUUCACAAAUUUUCCUGACAACUGGAGGUAUGAAGAGAUGUGGAAUACAUUCCACAAGUUCGAUAGAGUGUAUGCUAUAUAUGCUCCAAAUCGCAGAGACAGAACAGGGAAAUGGUUUGGCUUUGUUAGAUUCCUUGAAGUCAAGGAUGAAGGAGAACUUAGAGAGAAGGCGCAAAGCAAACAACUCACUCCGAACAUGCUAAGAAGUUACGCUGAUGUACUCAAAGGCACAAGGAGAAAAGUUCUACCUGCUAAACCACACAGGUCCACUUGGCAACAGAGAACGGCAGAAAAGCAAUGGACUGGACUAGAGUUCACUGUUAAUAAAGAGGAUACUGCAUGGCUGGAUGGCUGCUACGUGGGAACAACUAGGUCAAUUGAGUUAAUCCCAACCAUGCAGGAAAAGCUCUAUAUGGAGGGGUACUUUGCUUGCACUGUCAAACCCAUGGGAGGAAGGCUUAUGUUGCUAAGUAGUGAGGAUAAGGAAGAGUUGAAAGAUCUGGUGGAGAUGCAGCAGAUUGGCUUGGCCAGUGACGUUGAGACAAGGAACAAAAUGGAGGUUGACGAGCUCAUUAAUUGCAAAGAUUUUGAAAUCCCUGUUGAAAUUGGUGAGAGAGAUGCAGUGGACCCUCAACAGGUUGCUUUCAUUCAAAAAAAUGAGGACAUGGAGGCAAGGAGAGCAUUAGAAGAUGUUGAGUCUACCAACUGUGCAGAUUUUGAAAGUCUUCCUAAUGCCGGUAAUGAUGUGAGAGUUGCAGUGGGGCCUCUUGAGAUUGCCUUGGUUCAAGAUUUAUCAAAGAAGGAAGAUAUGGACAGCGAUUCCGGUGAAAUCAAAGAAUGGAUGCGCCUUCAUGACGGUAGGACCCUAAAAACUACCAGAAAAAGGAGGAAGAAAGCUCGAUCAUGUACUGAGGUCUACCAAAACUCCAGAGCUGUACAUAUUUCAAAAGACAAAAUGAAGAGAAGGGGACGACCAAGCAGUGGACAUUCCAUACCAACUUUUCUCCCAUGUGCUGAAGUACAUGUGGCUGGCGAAUCUAUUGAUGACAGUGACAUCAGAAACUGCCACAGAGGAAUACAAGAAAAAAAACAAGAAAGAGAUGGUGAGAGAAUUUGGGAUUUUGCCAAGAAGAUAGGGGCAACAACAAGUGGAAGCGAGGAGGAACUAAUUCGAAAGAUCAAUGAACUAGAAGCCAGAGAUAAGGAAGCCAGAGACAAGGAAGCCAAAGAUAAAGCAACAGAGGCUACAACUGGAGGAGAAAGGUGUAAGGACUGGGGACCCAAGCCCUUCCGUUUCUACGAUGCAUGGUGGGAAUCUAACGACCUUAAAGAUCUAUUAACCCAAGCUUGGACCUCUGUGAAGGUUCAGGGAUGGAAAGGGAGAAAAAGAAGAAACAAAAUCAACUGCAUUCAAGUGAAGGGUCAACAGUUGACUGAAGUGGAUGAGGUAAAAGAAGGAGUAGCCAACUACUUUGAAGACAUGUUCAAAGAUGAAGGAUGGGAAAGGCCGACACUUGAUGGCAUCCAUUUCAAUAAAAUCUCCCAAGUUGAAUCAUGCAUGCUCUCUACUAAAUUUUCUGAAGAGGAAAUCUACAAAGCUGUUUGGGAUUGUGAUAGCUCCAAAGCCCUAGGUCCGGAUGGAUUUAAUUUCAAAUUCUUCAAGGAGAUGUGGGAGGUAAUCAAGCAGGACAUCAUUGGGUUUGCUGAUGAAUUCUACACAAAUGGGAAGCUAGUAAAAGGGUUUAAUGCUUCAUUUGUUGUCUUGAUUCCAAAGACAUCCAACCCCCAGAAAAUUGAAGAUUUUAGGCCCAUAUCUCUUAUAGGCUCCAUGUACAAAAUCAUUGCAAAGUUACUAGCUAAUAGGAUAAGGCUGGUAAUGGGUAGCGUGAUUGGGGUUCAACAAACUGCCUUUGUCAAGGAUAGACUAUUGGUUGAUGGGGUCCUGGUUGCCAAUGAAGUGAUUGAUGAACCCAAAAGAAGGAGGAAAAGUAGUUUUAUACUCAAACUUGACUUUGAAAAAGUGUUUGACAAGGUUAGCUGGAGCUACCUCAACUACAUGCUUAAAAAUGGGGUUUGGUGACAAGUGGGCAAAUUGGAUCAUGGAAUGUCUAUCCACCAGUACAGUCUCCUUUCUUAUUAAUGGUUCUGCCACGCGACAAAUUUCAGUUA